AUGGAUCGCGACCGCUCCUCGCGCCGCACUCGCGACGACGACGGGCACCACCGAUCCCGCGACCGGGACGACGACCGACACCACCGCCGCAGUCGCCACGACACCGACGCUCACCACAGGCGCGACGGCGGAGACGAGGACCGCCGCCGCCGCCACCACCGCGACAAGGACGGGGGCGGAGGCGGCGAGGAUGACCGCCGCCACCGUCACCAUCACGACAAAGACGACAGCCGUAGCCACCGCUACCGCGACGGCGGGGACGACAACCGCCGCCGCGGGAACCGACGGUCUGUUUCCCCGUCCGAGUCCCUACCACCCUCAUCAAAGCGGGACUGCUCGUUUAGCCGCCCGCGGGAGUCCGUCGAGCGCCGUGACUCCACCGACCGUGAGCCGCGGUCGUCAUCGCGAAAGCAGAAGGGCCACGAGGGCGGUGGCGAUGGGGACGAGCCCAGCCGCGAAGGGGGAAAGCGGGUCAGGACAUCCGUAGAUCCGCCUCCACCCAAGGAGGAGAGGCCUAGGUGGGAGCGCCGGAGGUUUGAGGAUGUCAAUGCGAUUGGGAAGAAUGGUGAUGUGAGUAAGCUGGGUAAGGAAAUCUCAUCUCAUGAGCAGAAGAAGGGGGAGCUAUCAAUUAACGGGGAUUCACAGAACGGCGAUGCGCGUAAUGCUGGUUCUCAGCAACCGCUCAGUGCCGUUUCUGUGUCAUCUUCUGUCCCCAUUCCUUCAAAGGUAUCGUCAAUUUCUACCAACAAUGCAAAUGAGGGAGUUAGUAUUAGAUCUGAUGAGGUUACCGUAAAAUCUAGUACAGAUGGAAGUGCAACAUCUGCUGCUGGCAAAAGCAGUAACCUAUCUCUUGAUGCUUUAGCCAAAGCAAAAAAAGCUUUGCAACUGAAGAAGGAACUGUCAGAAAAACUCAAGAAAUUACCUAUGCUUAAUAAUAAGCCUGGUACAGCUUUUGCUGCUACACAAGUUUCUAAAGAAGAAGCAAAAACUUCUGUAUCAGCUGAAGAUGCACAACUCUUUUCUAAAGGAGAAGCAAAACCUACUGAUGUCUCUGGAACGCUGGCCAUAGGUGGUGCAAUUGGUAUUCCAGGUCUUACAAACAUUCCCAAUCUCGAUUCUGUGAAGCGAGCCCAAGAACUUGCUGCUAAGAUGGGGUUCCGCCAAGAUCCACAAUUUGGUCCUCUCAUAAACUUAUUCCCUGGUACAUCCACUGAGGUUACUGUACCACAAAGACCUGCAAAGGCUCCUGUUCUUCGCCUUGAUGCUCAAGGUAGGGAAAUUGAUGAGCAGGGAAAUGUUAUCAGCAUGACAAAGCCAACAAAUCUGAGUACUCUGAAGGUCAAUAUAAACAAGCAGAAGAAAGAGGCUUUUCAAAUAAUCAAGCCGGACUUGGACUCUCUUGCAAAAUCAAGUGUUCAUUUUGAUGAAAGGAUGGGCAUAAACCAAAAGAAGCUCCUCCGUCCUAAAAGGCCAGGAUUUCAGUUCGUUGAAGAGGGUAAACUCACUAGGCAGGCAGAAUUGCAGAAAAUUAAGAGUCAAUUUGGUGAAGCACAAGCUAAAGAGUUCAAAGUAAAGCAAGCCCAGCUUGCUAAGGCAAAUGCAGAAGUAGACAUGAAUCCAAAUCUUAUUGAGGUUGCUGUUGGUGUGAGAGCUCCAAAACAAAAGCAGAAGGAAGAGAUCCCUGAAAUUGAGCCAUGGGAUGCAAAAAUUUUACUUUCUGCCACAUAUGAGGAUAUCUCUGUGGAGAAGCUUAAUAUGGACAAGAUCACCAUGUAUGUUGAACAUCCAGAACCAUAUGAUCCACCUGCUGAACCUGCACCACCGCCGCCCCAGCCACUGAAGUUGACUAAGAAGGAGCAGAAGAAGUUGAGAACACAAAGGCGUCUUGCUAAGGAAAAAGAUAGGCAAGAAAUGAUUAGGCAAGGCCUCUUGGAGCCACCCAAGCCCAAGGUCAAAAUGAGCAAUCUUAUGAAAGUACUAGGCUCUGAAGCUGUGCAAGAUCCCACACGGUUGGAGAUGGAAAUAAGAACAGCUGCUGCAGAGCGUGAGCAGGCUCAUGUUGACCGUAACAUUUCCCGCAAGCUCACACCAUCUGAGCGCCGUGAGAAGAAAGAACGGAAGCUUUUUGAUGAUCCUACUAACACAGUGGAGACUAUAAUUUGUGUUUACAAGAUAAGAGACCUGUCCCAUCCACAGACACGCUUCAAAGUCGAUGUGAAUGCACAAGAGAAUAGACUAACAGGUGCUGCGGUCAUCACUGAUAGUAUCAGUGUUGUGGUUGUUGAAGGGGGGAAGAAGUCAAUCAAAAGGUAUAAUAAGCUCAUGCUUAACCGUAUAGACUGGGCUACUGCUGUUGGUGGUGAUGAAGAUGCAGAAGUGGAAGCUGACAAGCCAGUGAAUAGCUGUGUAUUGGUCUGGCAGGGUAGUGUGGCCAAGCCCACCUUCCACAGGUUCACGGUACACAACUGCCGGAGUGAGGCUGCAGCUAAGAAGGUUUUCAUUGACGCUAAAGUUCCUCACUACUGGGACCUUGCUGUCAAUUUCUCAGAAGAUUCUUCCUGA